UUGCUACAGAUUUCGGAGGACUUUGACGUGUCCUGCUAAUCGUCGCGAAUUUUGGCCGAUUUUCGCCAUCAGAUCAUUUUUUCCAGCUUAAAUCAGAAUCAAAACCUAACUUAGAGUAGUCGAAAAGCCGAAUCCGCUUCUUCCAAAGCGGACAGAAGCUUAAGAUGAGCGCCGAAGUGGGUGACACCGGUGGAGCGGGCGAUGCUCCACCCGAAAUCCAGAAUGUCGCCGUUGCCGACACGAACGUGCUCACCAACUAUCUCAAGCACGUCGUUACACUUCUCCUGGAAAAUGACGAGCAGCCUUCCACAAAUCUUAAGGCUUGUCUCGAGGCCAAGGAAUACCAAGAGGCCCUACGGAAAUUCAUUGCCGACCCUCAAACUCGGGCCCUGUUUAUUCAGCGCCAAUCCCUCAAAGAGGAGGACAGUGAGCAGGGUGAAGAUGAUAAAGAUGUCCAGUAUCUCUUAUCAAAUGAAGUCCAGUUUCUGAACCAAAAAAUGACCAGUCUUGUAUGCCUUAAGAGGUUUGCCGUGAUUGAAGCUGACAAGAGCAUUCCAUCUCAAAUGCGGGUGAUGAACCUAAGCGAAGACUCGCCCUACGAGACUCUGCACGCCUUCAUUAGUGGCGCUGUAGCUCCAUACUUUAAGUCAUAUAUCAGAGAGUCUGGCAGAUCAGACAGAGAAGGGGAUAAAAUGGCACCAUCAGUUGAGAAGAAAAUUGCUGAGCUUGAAAUGGGUCUUUUGCAUCUACAGCAGAACAUCGAUAUUCCUGAAAUUUCGCUACCUGUGCACGCAACUGUUGCCACAAUCAUCAAGAAGUGCAUGGAGCAAGAUCGAAAGCCCAAAGUGGCUGACUUUGGGGAUAGGAUCGAAGACUCUACCUUCCUUAAUCAGCUCCAGAAUGGCGUAAAUCGGUGGAUCAAAGAAAUUCAGAAGGUUACUAAACUGGACCGAGAUCCUUCAUCUGGUACUGCAUUGCAAGAAGUGAGCUUCUGGCUGAACUUGGAAAGGGCGCUGUUGCGCAUCCAGGAAAAGCGGGAAAGUCUUGAAGUGGGUCUGACUUUAGACAUUCUGAAACAUGGAAAGCGUUUUCACGCCACCGUCUCCUUUGACACGGACACUGGCUUGAAACAAGCGCUGGCCACAGUCAAUGACUACAACCCACUCAUGAAGGACUUCCCGAUAAAUGAUUUAUUAUCUGCCACUGAGCUGGACAGAAUAAGAGUAGCUUUGACUGCAAUCUUCAGCCACCUGCGCAAGAUUCGGUCCACCAAAUAUCCCAUCCAACGAUGUCUCCGACUGGUUGAGGCCAUUUCCAGAGAUCUCAUGGCCCAGCUAUUGAAAGUCUUGGGCACGAGAAGAUUGAUGCACAUCCCGUUUGAUGAUUUUGAUAAGGUCAUGAGCAAGUGCUUUGAAGUAUUCUCCUGCUGGGACGAUGAAUACGACAAACUUCAGGGCCUCCUGAGAGAUAUUGUUAAGAAGAAGCGUGACGAACAUCUAAAAAUGGUGUGGCGUGUCCAACCUGCUCACAAAAAGCUCCAAACCCGCAUGGAGCACAUGAGGCGCUUCCGUCGUCAACACGAGCAGCUUCGUACAGUCAUUGUGCGCGUCCUGAGACCAACUGGCAAGCAGGGUGACAACCAAGCUAUUACUCAGGGCGAAGAAGGCCAACAGCCUGGCAAGGAAUUCCUUUCCCUGGAAGCUAAUGACGCCAGUGCUAUAGAGGAAGUGAAUGUUGCUUAUGAAAACGUGAAAGAAGUUGACUGCUUGGACAUUUCUCGAGAAGGUACUGAGGCAUGGGAAGCUGCUGUUCGUCGCUAUGAGGAGCGAAUCGACCGUGUUGAGGCUAGAAUUACAGCAAGGCUGCGCGAUCAGCUCGGAACUGCAAAGAAUGCUAAUGAGAUGUUCCGCAUUUUCUCGCGCUUCAACGCCCUCUUUGUCCGCCCCCACAUUAGGGGAGCCAUCCGAGAAUACCAGACACAGCUCAUUCAAAGAGUGAAAGAUGAUAUCGAAGCGCUUCAUGAGAAGUUCAAAGUUCAAUAUCCUCAAAGUAAGGCCAGUAGAAUGAGUGGAGUGCAUGAUCUACCUCCAGUAUCUGGAUCAAUUGUUUGGGCCAGACAGAUUGAUCGCCAACUUACUGCUUACUUGCGACGUGUUGAGGAUGUUCUAGGCAAAGGCUGGGAGAACCACAUUGAAGGCCAAAAGUUAAAAGCAGAUGGAGACAGCUUCAGAGCCAAACUGAACACACAAGAAAUAUUUGAUGAUUGGUCAAGAAAUGUGCAAGCUAGGAAUCUGGGCGUGACGGGCCGCAUCUUCACAAUAGAGAGUCAACGCAGCCGUUCUGGCAGGGGCUCGGUUCUCAAGCUCAAGGUCAACUUUUUGCCAGAGAUUAUCACCCUUAGCAAAGAGGUGCGAAAUUUGAAGAACCUUGGCUUCCGUGUGCCACUGGCUAUUGUAAACAAAGCCCACCAGGCAAAUCAGCUCUACCCAUUUGCAAUUUCUCUGAUCGAAAGUGUACGCACUUAUGAGAGGACUUUAGAAAAGAUUGAGGAUAAGCCAAACAUUGUCCUCCUGGUUGCUGGGCUCCACAAAGACGUCCAAACAAUGAUUGCAGAGGGCAUUGGUCUUGUCUGGGAAAGUUACAAACUGGAUCCAUAUGUGAACCGUUUUGCCGAGGCCGUGUUCACUUUCCAAGAGAAAGUUGAAGACCUGCUGGUCCUCGAAGAACAACUUGACGCAGAUGUGCGCUCAUUGGAAACUUGCCCAUAUUCUGCCAACACCUUCUCUGAAAUCCUCAAGAAGAUUCAAGACGCAGUCGACGAUCUGAGUCUGAAGCAAUACUCUAAUCUGCAGCUUUGGGUGGCUCGGCUUGAUGAAGAGGUUGAGAAAAAACUAGCAGCUCGAUUGCAAGCUGGCAUUCAAGCAUGGACAAAGGCGCUUGAGGGCAAGAAAGAAGAAGUUGACCUCAGCAUGGACACUGAUGCCCCUGACAAGCCUACCCAUAAGCCAGGAGGUGAUCCUCAGAUCACUAUCCACUUGCAUGAAAUCAGGAUCACCAAUCAAACUAUGUAUGUUCACCCAAAUGUGGAUGAGGCUCUGCUACAGAUUCAAUGGCAGCUAUUUGCCUGGCAGGCUAUUAUUCUCAGCCAGACUAGAAUCCAGAGUUCAAGAUAUCAAGUUGGCUUGGACAAACCUACUUCCCAAACGUACAGAAACUUGCUGUCCAAGAUGCCAGAAGGCAAAGGUGUGCUUGCUGGAGCCUACAGGGCUGUAAUUAGCAAAUGGACUCAGAUUCAAAACUACGUCAAAGAAUGGCUUUGCUACCAGGCACUUUGGGAUUUGCAAGCUGACAAUUUGUAUGGUCGUCUCGGCACUGAUAUAAACUUGUGGAUGAAGUGCUUGAGUGACAUUAAAACGUCAAGAGCCACAUUCGACACCACCGACACUCGCAAAGAAUUUGGGCCAAUUGUCAUUGACUAUGCCAAAGUCCAGAGUAAGGUUUCACUGAAGUACGACUCUUGGCACAAAGAGACGUUGAGCAAGUUUGGCUCUCUGCUUGGAAACGAGAUGGCUGAUUUUCACUCAGAAGUUUCCAAAUCUCGUAGUGAAUUGGAGCAGCAGAGUAUUGAGUCAGCCAGCACAUCUGAUGCUGUCAGCUUCAUUACUUAUGUUCAGUCUCUAAAACGGAAGAUGCGCAGCUGGGAGAAGCUGGUUGAAACUUAUCGUGAAGGUCAGCGCAUUCUUGAGCGACAGCGCUUCCAGUUCCCCUCCAGCUGGUUGCAUGCUGACAACAUUGAAGGCGAGUGGGGUGCCUUUAACGAAAUCAUCAAGCGCAAAGACUCGUCCAUCCAGUCGCAAGUGGCUAGUCUUCAGCUGAAGAUCGUCACUGAGAACAAGGCAGUGGAAUCACGUACAAACGAUUUCCUCGAAGAAUGGGAGCGUGGUAAGCCAGUUGAAGGAUCAGUUCGACCUGAGGAGGCCUUGCAGCAGCUGCAAUUGUUUGAGAGCAAGUACUCGAGGCUGAAGGAAGAACGGGACAAUGUUGCCAAAGCUAAGGAAGCUCUGGAGCUGCAGGAGCCUGGCGGCAUCAGCACAAGUGAGGACCGCAUGAAUGUCGUUUACGAAGAACUUCAAGACCUCAGAGGAGUUUGGUCUGAGCUCUCGAGGAUCUGGAACCAGAUAGAUGAACUCAGAGAGAAACCGUGGUUGUCUGUGCAGCCAAGAAAGCUCCGCCAGCAGCUUGACACUCUGAUGAAUCAAUUGAAAGAAUUGCCUGCUAGGCUAAGACAGUACUCUUCCUACGAGUAUGUCAAGAAACUCCUGCAGAAUUAUACCAAGGUCAACAUGAUGAUUGUGGAAUUGAAGUCGGAUGCUUUGAAAGAGCGUCACUGGAAGCAGCUAAUGAGGCAACUCCGAGUCAACUGGAUUCUUUCUGAAUUGACCCUUGGCCAAGUUUGGGAUGUCGAUCUGCGUAAGAAUGAGUCAGUCGUCAAGGACGUGAUUCUUGUUGCCCAAGGCGAGAUGGCCCUUGAGGAGUUCCUCAAACAAGUUCGAGAAUCAUGGCAGAGCUACGAGCUAGAUCUCAUCAAUUAUCAGAACAAGUGCAGGCUUAUUAGAGGCUGGGAUGAUCUUUUCAACAAGGUUAAAGAGCACAUUAACUCACUGGCAGCUAUGAAACUCUCGCCAUACUACAAAGUUUUUGAAGAAGAAGCUCUUACAUGGGAAGAAAAACUGAACCGCAUCAAUGCCUUGUUUGACGUUUGGAUUGACGUCCAGAGGCGUUGGGUAUACUUGGAAGGAAUUUUCUCAGGCAGCGCUGACAUCAAAACGCUGCUCCCCGUUGAGACGUCGCGCUUCCAGAGCAUCAGCUCGGAAUUUUUGGGUCUCAUGAAGAAAGUAGCUAAGUCACCAAUGGUCAUGGACGUGUUAAAUAUCCCAGCAGUUCAGAGAUCUCUGGAGCGGCUGGCAGACUUGUUGGGCAAAAUACAGAAAGCUCUUGGUGAAUAUUUGGAGCGAGAGAGAACUUCGUUCCCCCGAUUCUACUUUGUUGGUGACGAGGACUUGCUAGAAAUUAUUGGCAACAGCAAGAACAUUGCCCGCUUGCAAAAACACUUCAAAAAGAUGUUUGCGGGAGUUGCUUCUAUUCUUCUGAAUGAAGACAACACUGUGAUCACUGGCAUUGCCUCUCGGGAAGGAGAAGAGGUUAAAUUCUUUGAGCCAGUUUCAACUGUCGAAUAUCCCAAGAUCAAUGAGUGGCUUACUAGAGUUGAGAAAGCAAUGCGAAUGACAUUGGCCUCAUGUCUAGCACAAGCGGUCCAAGACAUCAAGCAGUUCAAGGAAGGCAGCAUUGAUCCUCAACUUUACAUGGAAUGGUGUGACAAAUACCAAGCACAGAUCGUUGUGUUGGCCGCACAGAUUCUGUGGUCAGAAGACGUGGAAGCAGCCCUGAAGCAGAUUGAGGCUUCCGGCCCUUCAAGCUCUUCAGCUCCUUUGGAAAGAGUUCUGACUCAAGUCGAGAACACUCUGAAUGUGCUUGCUGACUCCGUUUUACAAGAGCAGCCCCAGCUUAGGAGGAAGAAACUUGAGCACCUGAUCAACGAGUUUGUUCAUAAGAGAACUGUAACAAGAAGGUUGAUUGCUGGAAAGGUCAACUCGCCAAAGGCCUUUGAGUGGCUUACUGAAAUGAGAUUCUAUUUUGAUCCCCGGCAAUCGGAUGUCCUUCAACAACUGACUAUUCACAUGGCCAAUGCCAGGUUCUUCUAUGGCUUCGAGUACUUGGGAGUGCAAGAUCGUCUUGUGCAAACUCCGUUGACAGACCGAUGCUACUUGACGAUGACUCAGGCACUUGAGUCCCGCCUUGGAGGUUCUCCAUUCGGACCGGCAGGCACUGGAAAGACCGAGUCUGUAAAAGCCCUUGGCCACCAGCUUGGCCGAUUUGUGCUUGUUUUCAACUGUGACGAGACUUUCGACUUCCAAGCCAUGGGCAGGAUUUUUGUUGGUCUUUGCCAAGUUGGCGCUUGGGGUUGCUUUGAUGAGUUCAACCGACUGGAAGAGAGAAUGUUGUCGGCUGUGUCUCAGCAAGUGCAAACAAUCCAGGAAGCUCUCAAGUCCACUCAGGAAAGCAACAAAGAAGGCCAUAUUUCAGUGGAAUUGGUCGGCAAGCAAGUUUCUGUGAACCCAGACAUGGCAAUCUUCAUCACUAUGAACCCUGGUUAUGCUGGACGCUCCAACCUGCCAGACAACUUGAAGAAAUUGUUCCGUUCCCUGGCAAUGACUCAGCCAGACAGGCAAUUGAUUGCAGAGGUGAUGCUGUUUUCUCAAGGUUUCCGCAGUGCUGAAACCCUGGCCAGAAAGAUUGUGCCUUUCUUCAAACUGUGCGAUGAGCAGCUUUCCAAUCAGUCUCAUUACGACUUUGGCUUACGAGCACUGAAAUCAGUGCUUGUGUCUGCAGGCAAUGUCAAGAGAGACCGCAUUCAAAAGGUUAGAGAUGAUAUGAGAGCCCGAGGAAAUGAGACCAUCGAUGAGGCAGCUAUUGCUGAAAACCUGCCAGAACAAGAGAUUUUGAUUCAAUCUGUUUGUGAAACUAUGGUACCCAAACUAGUGGCUGAAGACAUACCUCUGCUCUUCUCACUGUUGUCUGAUGUAUUCCCCAACGUUGGCUAUACUAGAGCAGAGAUGAAAGGCCUAAAGGACCAUAUCCGCAAAGUCUGCCAAGAAGAAUUCCUCGUUUGUGGAGAAGGAGAGGAGCAAGGUGGUGCUUGGAUGGAAAAGGUCCUACAAUUGUACCAAAUCUGCAGCUUGAACCACGGUUUGAUGAUGGUUGGUCCAUCCGGUUCUGGAAAAAGCACAGCCUGGAGAGUUCUCCUCAAGGCCCUUGAGAGGCUUGAAGGGGUAGAGGGUGUUGCCCAUGUCAUUGACCCUAAGGCUAUGAGCAAAGAAGCGCUCUAUGGUGUUCUCGACCCUAAUACCAGAGAAUGGACCGAUGGUCUUUUCACUCACAUUCUUAGAAAAAUCAUUGACAACGUUCGUGGUGAGAUCAACAAGCGCCAGUGGAUUAUCUUUGAUGGUGAUGUUGACCCUGAGUGGGUUGAGAAUCUUAAUUCCGUGCUUGAUGACAACAAACUGCUCACCUUGCCUAACGGAGAGCGUCUCUCACUUCCACCUAAUGUUAGGAUCAUGUUCGAGGUGCAAGAUUUGAAGUUUGCCACUUUAGCUACAGUAUCCCGUUGUGGCAUGGUCUGGUUCUCAGAAGACGUUCUUUCCACAGAAAUGAUUUUCGAGCACUUCAUGAACCGCCUUAGACAACAUUCCCUUGACGAAGGUGAGGAAGAGGCUAAUUUCAAAAAAGAGAAAGAAGAGGACCUCUCUCCUGCAAUAAAGGUUCAGAGAGAAGCUGCCAGCAUCUUCCAGCCCUUCUUUGCUCCUGACGGACUUGUUGUACGCUGUCUUGAGUUUGCCACUCAGCAAGAGCACAUCAUGGAUUUCACUCGCCUGCGUGCCCUGAACUCGCUAUUCUCUAUGCUGAACCAGGGUGUUCGCAACAUUUUGCAAUACAACCAUUCGCACUCUGAUUUCCCGUUGCCACCUGAACAAGCUGAGCACUACAUCCAGCGCUACCUUGUGUAUGCAUUGCUCUGGAGUUUUGCUGGUGAUGCCAAGCUAAAAGUGCGCUCCGAUCUGGGUGAUUUCAUCCGCUCUGUUGCCACUAUUCCUUUGCCUCCAACAAGCAAUAUCCCCAUCAUUGAUUACGAGGUGAGCAUUCAAGGAGAGUGGCAGCCAUGGUCUAACAAGGUGCCUCAAAUUGAAGUUGAGACCCACAAAGUUGCAGCCCCCGAUGUAGUGGUGCCCACUUUAGAUACAGUUCGCCAUGAGACGCUUCUGUACACUUGGCUUGCUGAACACAAACCUCUUGUUCUCUGUGGCCCACCCGGCUCUGGCAAGACGAUGACUCUUUUCUCGGCACUACGUGCUCUGCCUGACAUGGAAGUCGUCGGUCUCAACUUCUCUUCUGCCACCACUCCAGAGCUAUUGCUUAAGACCUUUGACCACUACUGUGAGUAUCGCAAAACACCCAAUGGCGUGGUUUUGGCUCCAGUGCAGCUAGGCAGGUGGCUCGUUCUUUUCUGUGAUGAGAUCAACUUGCCCGAUAUGGACCAGUACGGCACCCAACGAGUAAUUUCAUUCUUGCGCCAGCUGGUUGAGCAGAAGGGCUUCUAUCGUGCCUCUGACCAAGCUUGGGUGUCUCUAGAGCGCAUCCAGUUUGUGGGCGCUUGCAAUCCACCCACUGACCCUGGCAGAAAGCCACUUUCCCAUCGCCUGUUGCGUCACGUUCCCGUCAUUUACGUCGACUACCCAGGAGAAACUUCAUUGAAGCAAAUCUACGGAACUUUCAGUAGAGCUAUGCUCCGACUUGUGCCUCCACUCAGAGGCUAUGCUGAGCCUCUCACCAAUGCUAUGGUUGAAUUCUACCUUGCUUCUCAAGAGAGAUUCACUCAAGAUAUGCAGCCGCAUUAUGUGUAUUCUCCUCGUGAAAUGACUCGAUGGGUACGUGGCAUCUGCGAAGCCAUUCGUCCUUUGGAGACACUGUCUGUGGAAGGCUUGGUGCGCCUGUGGGCCCAUGAAGCAUUGAGACUAUUCCAAGAUCGUCUUGUCGACGACACUGAGCGCCGCUGGACAAGCGAGAACAUUGAUGCCGUGGCAAAGAAGCACUUCCCUGGCGCUGACAAUAGCACCGCCCUUCAGAGGCCAAUCUUGUACUCGAACUGGCUCAGCAAGGACUAUGUGCCUGUGGACAGAAAUCAAUUGAGAGAUUAUGUCACUGCCAGAUUAAAGAUUUUCUACGAAGAGGAACUGGACGUGCCUUUAGUGCUCUUUGAUGAAGUCCUUGAUCACGCACUGCGAAUCGACAGAAUUUUCAGGCAGCCUCAGGGCCAUGUUCUUCUCAUUGGAGUUUCUGGUGCUGGAAAAACCACUCUUUGCCGUUUUGUUGCUUGGAUGAAUGGUCUCAACGUCUUCCAGAUUAAGGUUCACAACAAAUACACAAGUGAAGACUUUGAUGAAGAUCUCCGAUCAGUUCUGCGCCGCUCAGGUUGCAAAGAUGAAAAGAUUGCUUUCAUAUUAGAUGAGUCAAACGUCCUAGAGUCUGGUUUCCUGGAAAGGAUGAACACCCUGCUAGCCAACGGUGAAGUUCCAGGCCUGUUUGAGGGCGACGAAUACACCACUCUGAUGACCCAGUGCAAGGAAGGCGCUCAAAGGGAGGGCAUGAUGCUUGACUCCCACGAUGAGCUCUACAAGUGGUUCACUGGACAAGUCAUGAAAAAUCUUCAUGUCGUCUUCACCAUGAACCCGUCCUCGGAGGGACUCAAAGAUAGAGCCGCCACCUCGCCUGCUCUUUUCAACAGAUGUGUUCUUAACUGGUUCGGUGACUGGUCAGACGGAGCCCUCUACCAGGUGGGCAAGGAGUUCACCAACAAGAUUGAUUUGGACAGGCCUACUUGGAAAGCCCCCGACUUUUUCCCUGCCACUUGUUCCAUGCUCCCUUCUUCUCCAAAUCAUAGGGAUGCGGUAAUCAACGCUUUUGUCUAUGUUCAUCAAACUCUGCAUCAGGCCAACAUUCGACUGGCUAAGCGUGGUGGCCGUACCAUGGCUAUUACUCCUCGCCAUUACCUUGACUUUAUCAACCACUUUGUCAAACUUUACAAUGAGAAACGUUCUGAUCUUGAAGAACAGCAGCUCCAUCUGAAUGUCGGUCUCAGCAAAAUCGCUGAAACUGUUGAACAAGUCGAGGAGAUGCAAAAGUCCCUUGCAGUGAAAUCACAGGAGCUGAAUGCAAAGAACGAUGCUGCUAACGCAAAGCUGAAGCAAAUGGUCAAGGAUCAGCAAGAAGCAGAGCAAAAGAAGGUGCAAAGCCAGGAAAUUCAGGCUGCCCUCGAAAUCCAGACUGUGCAAAUUAGUCAAAAACAACAAGAUGUGAUGGCAGAUUUAGCUUUGGUGGAACCAGCUGUGAAAGAUGCUGAGCAAGCCGUCAAGUCCAUCAAAAAGCAGCACCUUGUGGAAGUGCGUUCUAUGGCCAACCCACCUGCUUUGGUGAAAGUGGCCCUCGAGUCUAUUUGCCUUUUGCUGGGCGAAAACGCCUCCGACUGGAAGGCAAUCAGGGCUGUUGUAAUGAGAGACAACUUCAUCAAUACCAUCGUCAACAACUUCCAGACGGACCAAAUUUCUGAUGACGUCCGUGAGAAGAUGAGGUCCAAGUACCUAAGCAAUCCAGACUACAGCUUUGAGAAAGUUAACCGCGCCAGCAUGGCUUGUGGCCCUAUGGUCAAGUGGGCCAUUGCUCAGAUUGAGUAUGCGGACAUGUUGAAGCGAGUUGAGCCGCUGAGAGAGGAGCUCGACUUUUUGGAGUCGCAGGCUGCUGAGAACUCAAGCAAGGGCGACGAGGUCAAGGUCUUGAUUGCCCAGCUUGAGCAGAGUAUUGCCUCAUACAAGGAGGAAUAUGCCCAGUUGAUUUCUCAAGCGCAGGCCAUAAAAUUGGACUUGGAAAGCGUCCAGGGCAAGGUGGACAGGUCCAUAGCUCUGCUGAAGUCCCUUGGUAUCGAGAGAGAACGUUGGGAGGCCACAAGCGAGACUUUCAAGUCACAAAUGUCUACUAUCAUUGGAGACGUCCUUCUAUCCUCUGCUUUCCUGGCCUAUGCCGGCUACUUUGACCAGCACUACAGACAGAAUCUUUUCAGCAUGUGGAUCCAUCACCUUCAGCAGGCAGGUCUGCAGUUCAGAGCAGACAUCGCCAGAACAGAGUAUCUGUCCAAUCCAGAUGAACGUCUGCGCUGGCAAGCAAAUGCCCUACCAACGGAUGACCUGUGCACUGAGAACGCCAUCAUGCUGAAGCGCUUCAACCGCUACCCACUUAUCAUUGAUCCGUCAGGUCAGGCAACAGAGUUCAUUAUGAACGAGUUCAAAGACAAAAAGAUCACCAAGACCAGUUUCCUUGACGACUCCUUUAGAAAGAACUUGGAGUCAGCCUUGCGUUUUGGCAACCCGUUGCUUGUGCAGGACGUUGAGAACUACGACCCCAUCCUCAAUCCCGUGCUUAAUCGUGAGCUGAGACGAACUGGAGGUCGUGUCCUCAUCACUCUUGGCGACCAAGACAUAGAUCUGUCACCUUCAUUUGUCAUCUUUCUCUCAACCAGAGACCCGACUGUUGAGUUUCCGCCAGACAUCUGCUCAAGGGUGACUUUUGUCAACUUCACCGUCACCAGGUCUUCUCUGCAGAGCCAGUGCUUGAACCAAGUGCUGAAGGCUGAGCGUCCGGAUAUUGAUGAAAAGCGUUCCGAUCUGCUCAAGCUGCAAGGGGAAUUCCACCUCAGGUUGAGGCAGCUUGAGAAAUCACUUCUUCAGGCUCUUAAUGAUGCCAAGGGCAAGAUUCUUGACGAUGACAGUGUGAUCGCUACUUUGGAAACGUUGAAGCAUGAGGCUGCUGAAAUCAGCAAGAAGGUUGAGGAGACCGACAAGGUCAUUGGUGAAAUUGAGGCUGUCUCUCAACAGUACAUGCCACUUUCUCAGGCAUGCAGCAACAUGUACUUCACAAUGGAUAGCCUCAACCAGAUUCAUUUCCUGUACCAGUAUUCGUUGCAAUUCUUCCUUGACAUCUUCAGCUCCGUAUUGCUGAACAACCCGAAGCUGCAGAACGUGAGCGACCACGGCCAUCGUUUGGCGACCAUCACCAGCGACCUGUUCAACGUCUGCUAUGAGCGGGUAGCCAGAGGCAUGCUGCACAACGACCGCCUCACUUUGGCCAUCCUACUCUGCAGAAUCCACCUGAGAGGUGUGCCUGCUGAACCAAGUCUGGACUCGGAGUUUGCCUUCUUCCUCCGUGGAAAGGAGGGUGUGGUUCUGGCCACAAAGGCGCCUGCCUUGGAAGGCCUCAGCCAAGAACAACUUGAAGCCAUGCAGAGACUGUCCUUGAGAUUGCCUGCUUUCAAAAAUCUGGCUCACAAGAUCCAGGAAAUGCCCGAGUUUGGCGCCUGGUUGCAGCAGGGAACUCCCGAGGUCUGUGUUCCCCAGCUUUGGGAUGAAGAAAAGCCACUAAGUCCUAUCGGACAGGCAAUGCAUAGGCUGCUUGUUAUUCAGGCGUUCCGCCAAGAUCGAGUUGUAGCCGCUGCUCACAUUUUUGUGUCGGCCGUCUUGGGUGAAAGUUACAUGGCCUCUGCCGAAAAGGAACUGGACCUGACGGCCAUUGUUGAGACCGAGUUGAAGGCCCACGUGCCCGCUCUGCUGUGCUCUGUCCCUGGCUUUGACGCUUCAGGACGCGUUGAUGACUUGGCUGCAGAGCUGGGUAGACCGUGUGCCAGCAUUGCCAUUGGCUCAGCAGAAGGUUUCAGUCAGGCUGACCGCGCGAUCAACAUGGCCGUCAAGUCCGGCAGAUGGGUCCUUCUUAAGAAUGUGCACCUUGCGCCUCAGUGGCUUGUGCAGCUGGAGAAGAAGCUUCACAGUCUGCAGCCACACGCAGGCUUCAGGCUGUUCCUCACUAUGGAGAUCAAUCCAAAGGUUCCCGUUAAUUUGCUACGAGCUGGUCGAAUCAUUGUGUUUGAGCCACCACCAGGCAUCAGGGCCAACCUCCUGCGCACGUUCAGCACCAUUCCAGCGUCACGCAUGAUGAAGGCGCCCAGCGAAAGAGCUCGUCUCUACUUCUUGCUUGCCUGGUUCCAUGCCAUUGUGCAAGAGCGACUCCGAUACGCACCGUUGGGCUGGGCCAAGCAUUACGAGUUCAAUGAGUCUGACCUUAGGGUGGCUUGUGACACUCUCGACACUUGGAUCGAAGCCACUGCAAUGGGCAGAACCAACCUGCCGCCAGAUAAGGUUCCUUGGGAUGCCCUUGUGACCCUUCUGUCGCAGUGCAUCUAUGGAGGCAAGAUUGAUAAUGACUUUGACCAGCGCCUGCUUAGUUCGUUCCUCAACAAACUCUUUACUCCUCGCAGCUUUGAACCAGACUUUGCAUUGGUUGCUAAUGUUGACGGGGGCACUGCUGGUGGCCGCCACAUCACAAUGCCUGAUGGUGUGCGCAGGGACCACUUUUUGCAUUGGGUCGAGACUCUUUCCGACAGGCAAACGCCGUCAUGGUUAGGCCUGCCUAACAACGCUGAGAAGGUUCUUCUGACCACAAGAGGAACGGAUUUGGUGAGCAAACUGUUAAAGAUGCAGCAACUGGAGGACGACGAUGAGUUGGCCUACUCAAACCAAGAGGCAGGAGCAGCCGAAGGUGGCGCCCUGAGUCUUGAUGCGUCCCUGCCCUUGAGCGAAGGUGACGGCCGGCCAUUGUGGAUGCGAACUUUGCACAACUCUGCAAGCACUUGGCUGCAACUGCUGCCCAAGAGCCUCAACACCCUGCGGCGCACAGUGGACAACAUCAAAGAUCCGCUGUACCGGUACUUUGAGCGAGAGGUCAAUUCUGGGGCUCGCCUCCUGCAAGACGUCAUCCACGACCUUGAUGACGUGGUGCUCAUUUGUCAGGCUGAGAAGAAACAGACCAACUACCACCGCACCAUGCUCAGUGAACUUGUCCGAGGAAUUCUGCCACCAGGCUGGCGUCGGUACACCGUGCCAAGAGGCUGCACCGUCAUCCAGUGGAUUACAGACUUUGCCCAGCGCAUCCAACAACUGCAACAAGUUUCGCAGCUUGUUUCUCAGGGCGGAGCUAAGGAACUUAAGACAUUCCCAGUGUGGCUAGGUGGCCUUUUGAACCCGGAAGCAUACAUCACUGCAACUAGACAGUGCAUCGCUCAGGCCAACAGCUGGUCUCUAGAGGAGCUGAUGCUUGACGUCACCAUCACCGAGGACAACUCCUCAGCUGGUGACGAUUGCAGCUUUGCUGUCGUCGGAUUGAAGCUUCAGGGUGCUCAGUGUAGAAGCAACACCCUGAAUUUGACCUCCACCAUCAUGAUGGACCUGCCCGUAACCCUCUUGCGAUGGAUUAGGGUUUCCUCUGGUCUGGAUCCUCGCCAGCAAGGAAAACUCUCUCUGCCCGUCUACUUGAACUCAACUCGCACUGAGCUGCUUUUCACUGUUGACCUCAACAUCGCACCUGGGCAAGAUCCACACAGCUUUUACGAGAGGGGUGUUGCUCUUCUCACAUCCACAGCACUUAAUUAAAAAGUUCUGAUUUGGUUUGGGUUUGUGGAAUACUUAAUUAAUGUUCAUUAGUUUUUUGAAAAUUAGAAGUCAAAAUAAAUUUAUUGUGUUAAUCCAUUUCCUAUUCCUCACAAUCCAGUUAUUUCCAGAUAUUUAAUAAAUUAAUUAUUCAUUCAAACAGU